GUGAUGUUAUCCACCACUGCAAGUAGUAAAGUGAAAAAUACAAAAGGUUCGGAGGCUCCAGAUGGUAGGGAACACGACGAGAUCGCGCAGGAAAACACUACGGAUGAUAAGGUCAGAGGUUAUGUUGGGUCGUAUGAUGCGCCUUCUUCGUUUGGGGGUCCCCAGCGAGAUGGCCGGUAUAGACCUCGGGGCAGGGUCACAGAGUUCCGCCAUUCACGGGGCGGCGGCCGCGGCGGUGGAAGAGGUCGCGGCGGUUUCCCGCCUCGCUGUGACCGCGACUCAGCUGAUAUUCCAUAUAAGUACCACGAACCGUUAGGACCACCCAACAACGACUCCUGGUCACAAGGAAGUAGUAACAAAUUUUACGAGAGACCAGAGUUAGCCGUGAACCUGCCUGAGGACCCUCGCAUUUCCAAACUCUUGCGCCGCCUGUGCGCCGAGGUAGAUGUGGAGAAAUCUCUCGUCAUUUGCAGUAAACUGCAAGAUGCAGUCAUGUUGCCAGAGAAUGCCAGAUAUAUACGAAGAUCUUAUGAUAUUUUGGUGGAAUCUCUGCUGGACGUGUUGUAUGACGCUCCUGGCCCUGAAACAAAGGAAAGUGCAGCUGUCGUGCUGGGCAGGAUUGGGUAUGUCAUGGGGCCUGAUUUCAGAAAACACUUAGAAUGGAUUGCAUCAACGUAUGCAGUGCACAACACCUCUAUAAAGCACUUGUUAACUUUGUCAUUUACUGAAACUUUCCAACUAGACUACCAGACACCAAACUUAAGUGAUUUUGCUGACAUUACUUUGGAGCGUCUCCAGGGCAUCAUUGAAGGCACGGAUUCUGCAGAUGUGUUUAUGGCUGCUGUGAAUGCCAUGAUUGUUAUGUCCAACUCUUAUCCAGAACAAUUUGCCAACCACUUUGUUGACACGGUUGAUAUUUUAGUUGGUUGGCAUGUGGACAAUGCACAACCAAAAAAAAUUAAGGAUUUUGCACUUCAGUCUCUGUUCAAACUGAGCCGCCAUUGGCAAGCAAAUAUUGGGUUUUCAGUCAAUUUAUUGAAUCAGUUUUUAGAGGACAUGGUAGCCUAUUCUAAUGACAUGGACUCCAAUAAAAGCGAUGCUGAUACUGAACCAAACUCACUGGAGGACUGCAUUCAAAAGAUUACAUCAUUUCUGAAUGUUUUCAACACUGUUGUAAAGAGUUUGGGAAGUUUACUGAAUCCCUCUGCAUCUCAAACCGUCUCUUGGUCAUUUCUAACGGAUGCUAUGACUAAAGUCCUACAAGUUUUAGGUAAAACAUUAGAUGAGGACACUGAUUCUGACUUAAUACUGGCUGGAAAUGAAUGCCUUACUCUCUUAUUAAAAUAUCUGCAAGGGAAAUCAUCAUCUUGCUCUUCUGCCCUAUUCUCAAUGAUCGCCAUGGAAAUGACAAGGUAUUUGAAAGUGGAUGAGCAUGUUUGCCUCAGCAUCAUCAAUUUGAUAUCUACAGUUAUUAAAGAGAUAGCUUCCAACUUGCCUAUUGAAUUUAUUACUCAAACAAUAGGGACUGAAUCACUGUUGCGACCAUUGCGUUAUUCUGAAAGCAUCCAAAUUCAAAGAGGAGUAAUGUCUGUAUAUAGCAAUCUGUUGAAUUUGAAAAAUAUACCACUUCUGCAGGAGACGUACAAGUUUGUUCUGACAGACAUACAGAAUUCAUAUUCAGUUAUUGUCCCGAAUGUACAAAUAAUUCAGCCAGAAUAUGGUGAAGAAGUAGCAGAUGAUGAAGCAGAGAAAAAUGUUAUAUUUUACCUACAAUGCCUCUCUGAACUGGCUAAUGCAAGUAAUUCCAUUAUUGGAUUGUGGGCAUUGCAACCAAGCAUUUUAGAAUUGUUAGCAAUCAAAAUGCGUCCACAUGAUGACACUUUGUUAAAAGUAAAGCCAGCACUUCAAUAUUCCAUCGUGUACUUACUGUAUUCUCACUGUAAGAGAAACAACCAUUUUAUUGCUUCAACUGAUCUUGUAACUAACACUCAACAGAGAGCUAAUGACAUAUUUGGCUUAUCAACUUUAAAUCUGGGUGAAGUUUCUGGCUCAAGCCCUACGUCGGGGCAUCUUGCUAUCAUAUUGAAUACCCUCAGCAUUAUAUUGGAUGAAGACGCAUCAAAAGAAAGUUUGUUGCUUGUUCUACAUUGGAUAUCAGACAUAUUUUGUCAAUUGGACAAAUAUUUACCAAUUGUGAGCAUGUCUAAAGGGUUCAUUGUUCUCGUGACCAACAUGUUAUCACUGGCUUAUACUUUUGACGACAACAUUGUGUUACUCGUAAUGAGAAAUUGCCAGCAUUUACUGAAAAAUAAAAGCCUCAGUUGGAAUGUCAUGGUGUCAAAGACGAUUGCUAGAAUAUGCAUUCUGCACCUUGAUAAUAAUAACAAAAUUUUGUCAAAUAUAUGCAAAGAAUUGUUGUUUGAAUUGCCUUGGGACAUUGUUUUGAUGGAACUUGAUAAACAAGUUAUUAAAGUGUUUACUAGCCGCAAAGUCAACCUUAGUGUGCUCAAUAAUGACACUAAAAUGAAUUCAUACAAAGAAUAUUUAAUGAAGGGCUCAUUCACAUCUUUAUCCAAGCAGCAUUUCAAAGUAAUAAUGGAUUGUCUCCUUCAACUUACAUUUGAUGACAAGAUCUAUUUAAUAGAUGCAUUUUUGACGUCGUGGCCUCUACAGACACAUGAAUCAGAUGAAAACAACCUACUGUUUUUCCGUGAGUGUGCUACAAAUUUUUCUUCUAUCUGUAUUGGUUGGGCACUGUCAGAGUUGGCUCAAACUUGCGUUACAUUAAAAUUGAGAACAGUGCUAGGAAAACCGCAAGAGACAUUUAUGAAAAUCGAAGGUGCUUUGAAAGCAAUAGCACGCGAAACGUCAUCCUUAGAAACGAAGUACGUCGCUAACGAAAAGCAAAAGUUGGUUGACGUUGUGGUAGCCGAGCAAGUGAGGUCGCGUUGGAUCACUGAGUUUAUGAUGUUUCUCGAAAAAUACAUUUAUAACGCAGCUGAAGGGACAGCGUCGGUAUUGCCAGCCGUGUGCAAGCCUGUGAGAACAUUCUUCCAUACGAAUCGGUCGACUUGCAGAGAAUGGCUGACAAGAGUUCGUCCGGCAGCCCUAGCUGUGAGCUUAUACUCUGGCCAUUUUGGUGCUGCAAUAUACCACGCCUCACUCAUACUUGAAACUGCGGCAAAUUCUAACACCAAUAUUGAUGUGGAAGCCAUCACUAUGAGUGUCACACGAGCUUUAAUAAAAAUUCAAGAACCUGAAGUUUUACACGGGCUUUACGUUUGGAUCAAAAAUACAUUUGACAAGAAGUUCUUGUGGCUGAAAGGAGCGGCUGAGCAAGCCAAUUCUCGACAUGAAGUAGCAUUGGAAUUCUACAAAAAACUGAAUAAAUCACAAGACGAAAAGAAAGAGUUCGAUAAACCUCAAGUUGACACGAGGUGCGUAAAAUUUAUUGAUGAACAAAUAAUGGACAGCUACAAAAACAUACAGAACUGGGAUGAUAUGGAAGAAUGGAAAAAUAAUGAGCAUCAGAACAACAAACAAAACUCCCAGUGGGAUUCUCUCACUGCUUUAAGGAUAUUCGAAGAAGGAGGAGCCAUGCCAGCAGAUCUGUGCAAUUGGGACGUCUUGGAUACUGAAGCAAAUGAAAUAUCGAAAAAUACUUGCUCUUACCAAGGGUUGCUUAACAAAAUUGAAUCGACUUUAAUUUGUUCUGCCAUUAAUAUGUAUUACACAGAUUAUUCUGAAAAAUAUGACGGCUUGUUAAAAGAAUGCGAAGCUUUGCUGAACUCAAGCACGGAAGAGUUUUCUAGAACGGACGCUGUCUAUUUCUUGAAAGAAGUAGCACUGCUACAAUUAGCAAAUCAUGGUUUGCGAAACAUAAUCAGAAAUGGGAGGUCUGUAUCUAAUCCAUUUAAGCCAUCGGCCAUGAAAGAUAACAAAUACGGAACAGACAUGAAGAACUUAAGUCGUAUUUUAUGGUGGAAUCAAUACUUCUGUAAACUGAAUACUACAGAAGAAAAUACAUUUUACGCGGAAUGUAUUCGUUUAGAUGUGGUAAAAUGUGCACGAAAAAACGCCAAUUUUAUGAUGGCAAAGGGAGAGCUCACCAAACAUUUCAAACAGAACCCAGCAUUUCAAAUGUGUUUGGGUAAUAUCAAUGACUUGGAAGAAUUAAGUGACGUUCUACUAGUUUCCAGCAACACAUAUGACCUGGAUAUUUGGACUUUGAAUAAUGCUUCUGCUUUGACUGAAUUAUGUAAGUUGACAUAUGAGAAGGAAGACACUAAAACUCGAGCUAUCAAUUUGUGCGCAAGCAUUUCCCUUGGAUUUUCACAAAGACUAGCUAUGGGUGAGCCAAGCUAUGAACUACAAGAGAAGGGUACUAGAAUGCUUCUCACUUUAUCUAAGUGGGUGCAGAAUGACAACGAAAAUAUCCUAGAAGUUGAUUCGCCUUUGCUGAAGUUAGUAUCUGCACUUCCUGAGAUCGGAUUGGUCGACAAUAAUAUUUCUGAAAACGUUAUUCCUUUAUCAGACUCUGCAGUGGGAAAACUCUUGCAAUUUGGUGUUAAUCAAUGUCCUGGGCUAGCCAAAGCGUGGGCCAACUUUGCUGCGUGGUGUUUCAGAUGGGGACGCAAAAUGGUAGAGUUCAGCUCUAAGACACGAGAACAACUCACUGAAAAUGAUAAACUGCAAAUAGAAAGCGUAAUGAUAGGUUGUUCACCAAAAGACUUCGAAGCAGUUUGCGAAAUACUGUCUAAAACAAAGGCGACGUGUGACGAUGAAGACAUUGAUUGGAAUGAGAUCAAUACGUCGGAAAUGAUCGAGAGUCAACUACGCACUGUGCCAUCGCUAAGUAACGCAUUUCCUGAACACCUCGCAUUGCUGGUGGACAUUUGGCGACAAGCGCAAAAGAGAGUCUUUUCAUAUUUUGAACUGUCAGCUGACGCAUACUUUAAAUUCCUGCAGCUAAUCUGUGCCUCUGACUACAUAAACCAUAGUGGAGAAAACGCCGUUGUUAAUGCCACUCUUCGGCUUUUACGUUUAAUUGUGAAACAUGCCAUGGAAUUACAAACUGUGCUUGAAUCAGGUCUUGCAAACACCCCUACUCAACCGUGGAAAGUUAUAAUUCCUCAACUUUUCUCGAGGCUUAAUCACCCUGAAACGUAUGUCAGAAAAUGCGUGUCUGAUUUAUUGUGUCGCCUGGCGGAAGAUACACCACAUUUGAUUACUUUCCCUGCUGUCGUUGGGGCUGUAGAAAAUGAGCAAAGUGACUUACCAGAUCUUAGCAUGGCACGAUCUUACCUUUCAAACGACGGAGAAAGUAGUGAAGAAAAUAAUGAUCCUGAAGACGCCGCCAGUGACAAAGUUAUUAACAACGAAUUAAACUCAUGUUUUCUGGACAUGGUCGAAACUUUAGCGAAACAAGCUCCAACGACAAUUUUACAGGUAAAACUGUUGGUAAAGGAGUUACAACGAAUAAACUUGCUUUGGGACGAAUUAUGCCUCGGGACUCUGGUUCAACAUCAUACUGAAUUCAGUAAGAGACUACAGCAAUUGGAUGCAGAAGUAGCUAAAGUUAAGAACAAUGAAAACUUAUCAGCUGAAGACAAAGAAAAACUAAUCAAGGAAAAACACCGUAUAAUAUUUGAACCGUUAGUCUACGUGUUAGAACAUCUACAUCAAAUCACAUCUGCUAAGCCUGAAACACCGCAUGAAGUUGCGUUUCAGAACAGAUUUCAAGGUCUUAUUGUUGACGUUAUUGAUAAAUUGAAAAAUCCGGCAAAUCCGGAGAAACCACAAGAAUCUUGGGCACCGCUGAAACAGUUACAAAUUAAACUUCAACAGAAAGUUAACAAGAGAACUUCAUACAUUCUGAAGAUGUCCGAUAUAAGCCCAGUGUUAGCUGAUUUGAAAAACACUGUAAUUACAAUGCCCGGAGUACACACGCAUCAGAGAGCCAUUAGAGUGACUAUAAAAUCAGUUGAAAACAAUGUUGCAAUAUUACCGACCAAAACUAGACCUAAAAAGUUGGUAUUUUACGGGUCAGACGGCAAAGCGUAUACGUACCUGUUCAAAGGUCUGGAAGAUCUACACCUCGACGAGAGAAUAAUGCAAUUGCUAUCUAUAACAAAUACUAUGAUGGCGCGAGAUUCUGAAAACAACGAUAACCAAACAUAUAGAGCUCGUCACUAUUCUGUGAUUCCUUUGGGACCACGCUCAGGUUUGAUCAGUUGGGUCGACAAUGUAACGCCUCUAUUCGCUCUGUACAAACGUUGGCAGAACCGUGAAGCAGCUAUACUAUCUGCGAAAACGAAUAAAACUGUCAAUGUGUUACGUCCUUCCGAAUUGUUCUAUAACAAGCUGAAUCCAUUGUUAAAAGAAGCUGGUAUUUCGACUGAGAAUAGAAAAGAAUGGCCGGUAUCGAUUCUGAAGCAAGUAAUGCAAGAGUUAGCUGCGGAAACUCCGAAUGAUUUGUUGUGGCGUGAGCUGUGGUGCAGUAGCGUAUCGCCUGAGCAUUGGUGGCAAAUGACGCGACGGUACAGCUAUUCGGUUGCUGUGAUGAGCACUAUCGGGUACAUCAUUGGCCUGGGAGACAGACAUUUGGACAAUGUGUUGGUGGACUUGACGUCUGGUGAAGUGGUGCAUAUAGAUUAUAACGUGUGCUUCGAGAAAGGGAAGACACUGCGUGUUCCGGAGAAGGUCCCGUUCAGGAUGACUCCCAAUUUGGUAACUGCUCUUGGAGUAACUGGUGUUGAGGGUAUAUUCCGCCUGGCAUGCGAACACGUACUCCGUACAAUGCGACGUGGUCGGGAAACUCUGCUCACUCUGCUGGAAGCCUUCGUUUACGACCCGCUGGUGGAGUGGGGUGCCGGGGCCGGUACCGUGAGCGGAGGACGUCGCAGGCGCAACCAGAGGGACGUCCGCGCUGCGCUGGCGAUGUUGGCUGUGAGGGCGCAUGAAUUGAAACACCAUAUCAAUGACGUCACGGAACAAUUUCUGGCCGUCCUACCUGAUGUCAAACAAUGUGCAGAUAAGUGGCUUCAAGAGAACGAAGAACUGAAGUCCGUGGAAACGAGACUACAAGAAUGUCAUCAGCAAAUGAGUUUAAUAAAAGAAAUAGAAGCAUAUGGAACGAAUCUGAGCAGCCAUCCGCUUUACGCUAUUUCACAAAAAUACACUUCCUACAAACAAGCGAAGAAUGCCGUAGAAGAUUCCAUGAAGGCGCUUGUAAAGAUCUUGAAAGAUUUUGAUACUCAGAUUGAAAAUUUUGCAGCAACCAACGAAGCAAUAAACGGACCACAACUAAUGGCUUGGGUACAAGAAUUCUCUGGAACUCACGAGGACGAUGACAAACCAAUCUUUGACCACAUUAAAGAGUUCCUGACAAACGCUGGACAAAGCUCAAUGAUAUCACAAUGUGAACAAGCAGAAACUGAACUAAAUCAAAGCAUGCAGCAAACAAAUCUUCUCGUCCGAUCUUGCUUGGAAUUGUUGUCUCAAUACGUGGCAGUUUCACAAUAUUAUCCUCAAAGCCGCACGGAGUAUCAUCACGUAGUCAUGUUUAGAAAAUACCUUGCAACUGCCCUUGAAAGUAAAUCUCCUGAAGUUUGUCGCGAAGUAGCUAAUCAGGUCACGGCUUUAGUCAAUUCUGAUACAGAUAGUAAUGACCGAGCGCAACAGAUUGUCGCUUAUAACUAUCGCCUGCAAACGAUCAAUGCAGAAACGGCUACGAAUUUAAAUAAGUCGUUUGAAAGGCUCCAACUAGAAGGUGGCCCUGACGCCAUAAUGAUUGCUCAAGAAGCGUAUAGGGAGGCCAAGGCUAACAUCAGCAACUGGGUGAGGGCUGAAGAAGGAGCAGCAUCGGCAUUAGAAUGCGUGGUGGUCGGAAUGCUCUGCAACUUGAAUAGAAGAUACUUGAUGUUGGAAAAUGGAGCUCAAAGUGCUGGAGACUGCCUGGUCGACUUAACGUCAAGAGAAGGAGAAUGGUUUUUAGAUGACAUGAGCGCUUUAUCAAUGCAAGCAGUGGAACUCCUAUCAUUGUUGCCUUUACAGUCUGCGUCGGCAGAAGACGCCGCUAUGCCAGUAGCAGUAGAAUGCGUCCGCAACGCUAACCUCCUACUGGCAGAUUUAGUACAGCUCAAUUACAAUUUUAGCACAAUAAUUCUUCCCGAAGCUUUAAAAAAAGUGCACUCAGAGGACCCGUCAAUAUUGAUGAUGAUCACUGAACUGAACAAUGUUAUUAUGAACACUCCAGUGCCCCUUAACGAUCUCCUGGGACAACUGGAGAUGCACCUUAGAUACUUAGUUAUGGAUAUGGAGUCUCCAACCAGCAGCGCCCAACUUCUAGCCGCAGAAUUACGUACGCGCUACGAAGCACUCCUUUCGGCAUCACCAUCCGAAACGGAGGGCCAAUCUGCCGGCCGCAUGCUGCUCAUGGGCUUCAACGGACUUUUCGCGGCUGUUGAACUAAGGGCCAGGGAGCUGGCCGACCAUCUUGCAUCGCCCGUACCCGCGGCGUGGAGAAAAAUUGAUCACAUUAGUGAUGCUAUGCAUAUGUCGGCGGCUUUACAAAGUCCGGCACUACGAGCGGUACUGGAGGACAUAUUCCUGGUUCGGCGCAUCCAAACGGUGGCGGAGGUGUUCGCGAUGUGCGCGCAAAUGGCGUGCGCCUCGGUCGGCACGGCGCCGGUGGUCGUCUACGACGACGGCGCACUGUGCAAGCCCGUCAGAAGGUACGUACUCCGAAGCGGCCGGGCGGCGGGGCCGGCAGCACCGCGUCAACGCACUCGGCGACCCGCAGGUUCACGGCGGAAUACGUGUCGCGCUGCGUGCUGGGCGUGCACUCGAAGGCGCUGGCGACGGUGAUCUGCCUGCUGCUGCGCCGCGCCAGGCUCGACCUGCACGCCGAGGUGGAGCAGAAGGAGAUCGGGGCCUCGUGGAGCGUGUCCCUG